AUGGCCGUCUGCUAUCGCACACUCCAUGCCACAUUAUUAGCCACGCUAACAUUCCAUUUAUUCUGUGCAUCUGUUUUAAUACCGUCCUCCGUAGCAACAAGUGUGCCGUUGUCUACGACAUCGCCCGCAGUUCGUUUUAUGGGCGUUGGUGGUAUAGGUGUAGACGAGCCAUACCCUGAUGUGCGUGUAUUCGCGUACACCCCUCGUGGAUCCUUCAACCCAUCCUCCGCUGCUGUUACAGAGGCAGGUAAAUUUUCAUUCGUUUUCGUUUAA